AUGGCCCGUACUGUAGUGGGAGAUGGUGGGGGUGGGUACCAGACAUACGGGCACAUUACGAAGUACAGUGAUUGCCCUGGAGUAUUGGGCACAGCAUUGACAACGGUCCAUCGGGUUUUCCCCGAUGCCGAGCCCGGUCUUUCGUUGCUGGGUCCGACUCGCGGAGCCGCAGUCAAACCGUGA